GGGGCGGCGGCAGACCUCUCCGGGCCCGGCGGGAAGCGCGGGCGGCGGCGGCGGCGGGAUGCGCGCUCCGGGCGGCGGGGCGCGGCGCUAGGCGCCCGGCGGGGCGUCCCCGGCUGCGACCCCGCGGCCGUCCCCUCGGCCCGCCGCCGGAGCAUGACUUUCCGCCCGAGCCCCACGGCCGGGGGCGGCGCGUAGGGCGGCGAUCGGCGCCCCGGGAGGACCUGCCGGCCCCCGGCUCCACCGCAGCUCGAGCGCCCGCGCGGGGCCCUCCCGAGGCCCGGUAGGAGGGACCAUGAAAGUGAGGUCAGCCGGCGGUGACGGAGAUGCCUUGUGCGUUACGGAAGAGGAACUGGCUGGUGAAGACGAGGACAUGCCGACCUUCCCGUGUGCCCAGCAGGGCCGGCCAGGGCCCCGCUGCAGCCGCUGCCAGAAGAAUCUGUCACUGCACACCUCGGUGAGGAUCCUGUACCUCUUCCUGGCCCUGCUCCUGGUGGCUGUGGCCGUGCUGGCCUCUCUGGUUUUCAGGAAAGUGGACUCUCUCUCAGAAGACCUCUCCUUGGCCCAGUCCAUUUAUGAGAGGAAGCUUGUGUCGAUGGAGGAGAAUCUUCGGGGACUGGAUCCAAAAGCCCUGAACAACUGUUCUUUCUGCCACGAAGCUGGGCAGCUGGGGCCAGAGAUCCAAAAACUGCAGGAGGAGCUGGAGGGGAUUCAGAAGAUGCUCCUGGCCCAGGAGGCCCAGCUGGCCCAGACCUCUCGGGCCCAUGAACUGCUGUCCACUACCAGCAGUCAGAUCUCCCAGGAGAUGGGCAGCUGCUCCUUCUCCAUCCACCAGGUCAACCAGUCUCUGGGGCUCUUCCUGGCCCAGGUGAGGGGCUGGCAGGCCACCACAGGCAACCUGGACCUCUCUCUGAAGGACCUCACCCAGGAGUGCUACGACGUCAAGGCCGCCGUGCACCAGAUCAACUUCACCGUGGGACAGACAUCCGACUGGAUCCAUGGAAUCCAGCGCAAGACUGAUGAGGAGACCCUGACCCUCCAGAAGAUCGUCACAGACUGGCAGAACUACACCCGGCUCUUCAGCGGCCUACGCACCACCUCCACCAAGACCGGGGAGGCAGUCAAGAACAUCCAAGCCACGCUGGGCUCCUCCUCACAGCGCAUCAGCCAGAACUCGGAGAGCAUGCACGACCUGGUGCUGCAGGUCAUGGGCUUGCAGCUGCAGCUGGACAACAUCUCGUCCUUCCUGGACGACCAUGAAGAGAGCAUGCACGAUCUCCAGUACCACACCCGCUAUGCCCAGAACCGCACCGCAGAGAGGUUCGAGUCCCUGGAAGGACGCAUGGCAUCGCAUGAGAUCGAAAUCGGCACCAUCUUCACCAACAUCAAUGCCACCGACAACCACGUGCACAGCAUGCUCAAGUACCUGGACGACGUGCGGCUGUCCUGCACGCUGGGCUUCCACACGCACGCCGAGGAGCUCUACUACCUGAACAAGUCUGUCUCCCUUAUGCUGGGCACCAUGGACCUGCUCCGGGAGCGCUUCGGCCUGCUCAGUGCCCGGCUGGACUUCAAUGUCCGGAACCUCUCCAUGAUCAUGGAGGAGAUGAAGGCUGUGGACACGCAGCACGGAGAAAUCCUUCGCAACGUAACCAUCCUACGAGGUGCCCCUGGCCCUCCAGGACCAAGAGGACUCAAAGGCGAUGUGGGCGUGAAAGGGCCUGCCGGUGGCCGAGGACCUAAAGGCGACCCUGGCGGCUUGGGACCACCGGGACCCCAGGGUCCUCAGGGGCACCCCGGAGAGGCUGGACCUGUGGGAGAGAGGGGGCCGAUUGGCCCUCGGGGAUUCUCAGGCCUCAAGGGCUCAAAGGGCAGCUUUGGCACUGGAGGGCCAAGAGGACCACCAGGCCCCAAAGGGGAUGUGGGGCCCCCAGGGCCAGAGGGGCCCCCUGGGUCCCCAGGGCCUCAGGGGCCUCAGGGAAAACCAGGGAUCGCAGGGAAGACAGGUUCUCCAGGCCAGAGGGGGGCUGUGGGGCCUAAGGGUGAACCAGGGAUCCAGGGUCCGCCCGGCCUCCCUGGGCCCCCAGGCCCACCAGGAAGCCAGAGUGCCUACUGAGGAGGGUCCCCAGCCCAGACACGGUCACACAGGGUGCCAGAGGGGGUUCAGCUUGAGCGUCCCAGAAAGCUCCGACUGACAAUUGUGAUUCUUCUAUUCUGAGGAGGGGGUCCCCCAGGGAUGACCCUGCAGCUUUGUGUUCCCCCAUAGUGACUGUACCAUAGGAAAGCAGCCCCUACACACGCACACACAGGUGCACACCUGCACAAACACGCUCACACUGCACUCACAAAGACACGCCCACACACAAACAGGUGCACACCCCUACAAACACACGCACAUAUACACGCACACACCUGCACUCACACAGACACGCACACACAGGUGCACACCUGCACAAACACGCUCGCACUGCACUCACACACACACGUGCACAGCUGUAGACACACAUGCACUCCUGCUUACAAGCACAAUACACAUGUGCACACUUGCACAAACGUGCCCGCUCAUGCACACACUGCACUCGCACAGACACGCCCACACACAAACAGGUGCACAACUGCACAAACACGCACACACACGUGCACAGCUGUGCACACCUGCACUCACAGACACACCCACACAUGCACACACAAACAUACAUGCACAUGUGCACAUGACACGCACAGUGUCCUCCUGGCUGGGGGGCUGCCUGGCCCCCGCUGGCCGAGCAGGAGGAGAGGGCAGGAGCUCCUUUCCCUGUGACUGAGCCUGCCAGGGAGGUGGCUACCUUGGGGGGAAAUGUCCUGGGUCUAUCUCUGAAUGGUGACCAGCGUCUUCACACCCCUGAUACCCAGCAGCUUCCCGGGGUCCUCUUGGCUGGAUAGUCCACGGAGACCUCUGCAGGGCAUUAUAGUCAAAACUCCAGAGAUGAGGUGGAUUUGGAAACCUUAAGUUCCUCCCCAUAAUGGUGAAGAUAGAGUCCUUGGGGACAGUGAGGCCACCAGGGCCCGUGUUCUCAGGCUUUGCCCACCGUGUACCUGAGAAGUUCAACAUGUUCUUUUCGCACGUCCGGAAAACUCCUCACUACAUCCUUGCCUGCACCUCUCUGGAAUGGCCUGGAUGGAAUCCAAGCAGGAGUUUCAUCUGUGUGGGGAGACUGUAGGCACUGGAACAUUCUGCCUCCGUGUUCCCUGGGAGCUGGAGGUGGCAGGCAGAGGCAGGUGGGGUGAGAGGGGAUUCUCCCCUGCCCCUCUACCCCAGGCUGGCCUAUGGCAUUCCCUGAGGGUCUCCUCUGGGGAGGCCAAGAAAGACCAGCCUGCAGGAGGGCCGAUCCCUCCUGCCUGCAGCUGUACGCUGACCUCGCCCCCAGGACCCACAGUGGCCUGAGCCCUCUCUGUGCACAGCCAGUGAAACUAGAAGUGGGGGGGGCCUGGAUGUGCACAAGAGGCCGCCUCGGCCAUCACUCUUCAGCCCCUGCCAACUUCCUGUGCACACUGGCAGAAAGGGGUGCUGGGAAGUCACCACACUGGGUGAAGGCCUCCCACUGGCCACACUCACUAUAACCUACCCUGCCUUUGUGUUCAGACAGACUCAGACCAGCCCUGGGGCAGAGCUAUCUCCUCCCCAACAGGGAACCAGAGGCCAGCCCUUCCCCACUCAAAGGCUUUCUGCCACCUUCCUAACUGUCCUGGACGUGCAACUGGUUUGCACUGCCUGCCCCAUGGCCACGGAACACCUGCCUACAUACGAUAAUAUGCAACAUAGUAUGACUGACUCAGUAAAGAGCUGUU